AUGUCUUUUUUUUUUGUAGCAUAUUUAAUUAGUAUUCCUUCCAAAUCCCCUCCAGGUCUCUGCCUCACCAAUGACAUCGAUUGGCUGCUUUAUCACAUGAACAAUGCGCGUUACUUACGUGAGCUGGAUUUCGCGCGUGUUGACUUCUAUGAGCGCACAGAUUUGUAUCGCACCAUAAAAGCGAAAGGCGGUUCUGUCUUUCAGGGAGCAGCUACCAUACGUUAUCGGCGAUUUAUCAGACCUUAUCACCGCUUUCAAAUACAAUCGCGUAUCGUCUACUGGGACGAUCAAUCUGUCUAUAUGGAACAUCGUUUCGUACGGCUCUCCGAUCAAUUCGUUCACGCCAUUGCAAUUUGCCGGCAACGUAUACUCGAUUGCUCCACCGAGGAAGUGAUGAGCGACUUAUUGGCGCCUAAGGGUAUGCAGGCACAAGCAACUCACAAUAUUGUGAGCUCAACUUCUAGUCUGGACAAUAGUGCAGUGACCACAACAAAUUUGGAUGUGGCCGAAAAUGGACAAGCGCGUGUGAAAUUGAAACCUGAUGUGCCACCUGAAAUACAAAAAUGGAUUGAAUACAACGAUUUGUCCAGCAAGAACUUGCGUAGCAACUGCUGAUGCCAAUGGCGAGCUGAAUUGCAUGGAGGCAAUCUAGAUACGUACAUAGUACAUACAUACAUCUGUACAUAGGUGUGAAUUUAUAAUAAAGUGCUUGCUUGGCUUAAGCCUAUACGUGUCUACAUACAUACAUAUUCCAUUGCAUACAUAGAUAUACAUACACUAACAUUGAUAUAAAGUUUAUAUGUAUACGUAGUUUCACUUAGUAAAUGCAAACUGAUAUAAGUUGUUGCGAAGAAGAGAACACUUAUUUAUUUUUUGAGCUAAUUUAAGUAUGAAAAUCUUUAUAAAUUAUGUACACCCCUAUUGCGAGUGUCGACUGGUAGUGAAUAAACGACUAUUAUUCGAUUAUCGCUUUUCCGUGGUGCUGUGAAUGUCGUUGUCUCGUUGAAUAAGCGACUGUGAAUAGCUUUAAGUCGCUCAUCCUUCAACAAAGAAACACUAAAAAUAUUAACAGUCGCUUAUUGAACGAGAAAUCGAAAUUCACAAUACUAUGGAAAAGCGAUAAUCGAAUAAUAGUCGUUUAUCUACUGCUAGUCGACACUCGCUUUGGGGAGGUGGUAAUCUUGAAUAUGUAAUUUGUUUUGUAAGAAAAUAUAAAUGCGUACGGUACGUUGUAAAAUCGACGCAUAUAUUAAAAAUGCCAAUGUGAAAGUUGAACUACCUAAUAGAUGUGUAAAUGUGUGGAAAAGGGUAGACCCCAUAUUCCUAAAUAAAAGAAAUUUGUAGAAAAAUACGCACGUUUUAUUUG